AUGGUUACCAACGGUGUGAUCUUUUGUCUGGAUGUUGAAGCAGAGGAGCUUCGUGCCUACGAGGGCCUUGCACACACUUCGGCAGUCUUUCCAGUCAAGUCUUUUGGCACCUGGUCAACCCAGGGUAUUAUGAACAGGAAUGACUGGAUCAGCGUCACUACGAUCACCAGCGGCAAUCGCAUCACCGUGACGCUCAACGACUGGGAGAUUGCGACGAUUAUGGAUGUUCAAGUUCGACCACUUCUUGGCGGUUCAGGCAUCAACACCGGCUCCAUUGCAUUUGGCGGUCCUGAAGGAUGGCUUUCUCUUUACCGAAACCUUCUGGUCAAAGAUGCCAGCGGUAACGUUUUAUACGAAAACGACUUGCUCUCAGGCAACAAAAACAGGACUUUGGCAGACUUUCAGGUCGGAACGAAUACGGUAGCCUGCAUGAUUGAUGGCGCCAAACGAGAUCGAGCCACCUUUGGCGGCGAUUUGUUUGUUUCUGGCCGUGGAGUUGCAUACUCUGGCCUGGACAUGGAAGCUGUUUCGGGCAGUAUCGAGCUCUUGGUCAGUCACCAGACCAGCGAAGGUUAUCUUGGCAACCUGUGUCCCAUUCAGGCGCCAGUUCAUCGGGGGAACGAACCACCACCCACAUACGCCUUCUACUCCAUGACUUAUGCUUUACUGCUUGUUGUCGCUAUCAAGGAUUACUGGCUUCACUCGGGAGAUGAUGAGAUUCUUGGGUGCCUACCAGCGGCUGAAAGGUUGCUCUAUUUUGCUGAGUCACAUGAGAUGCCUUCGGGUCUGAUCGAAGUGCCACCAAACAUGUCCAUGCAUUGGUAUCCUCUGGGUGGGCCGGUCUUUGGCGCAUCUGGCACGAUGAAUCUGGCAUACUAUGAUGCCAUGAACGCUGUACGGGCAAUGACAUCCAACGGCUAUCGCAAGAUUCAAAUAUCUGCUAAGAUGGAAAUUCUGAAGAAGAACAUCUUGGCGCAUUUAUGGGACUCAAAGAAAGGAAGCGUUCGUAUGGGCAUAGCUUUGCCUCCUGACGGAAUAUGUCAAGACACCAAUGGUUAUGCCGUCACUCUUGACGUGGUCGAGAACUCUGAUAAAUGUCUCUCUCACUUGACUUGUAGUCCGGAGUCGAUGCCCGUUGCAUUCCGUGGUCUGCAACAUUGGGAUCAAACGGGGGUCGUCAGUCCCUACGCCACAGGGUUUGCCGCCGAGGCACUGUUUGCGCGCCAGAGGGGCCCAGAAGCCAUCCAACUGAUCAAGAACGUCUGGGGUCCGAUGGCGGACACCUCCAACCCUAACUAUUCGGGAGGUCACUGGGAGGCAAUGACUGCCGAAGGCAAGCCAUUUGGACAUGAUACUUCGCUGAUGCAUGCGUGGUCUUCAUGGCCAGUCUUUCUACUGCCGCAAUAUGUCGUCGGCGUCAAGCCACUAGAACCGGGAUGGAGGUACAUAGAAGUGGCCCCGGUGCUGUGUGGCAUCAACUAUGCUCACUACCAUAUUGAGACUCCACAAGGUCAACUUGAAGUCGAGGUCAAUCUGGACGAGGCGCUUGGAGUCUUGUGUAUCAAGGCAACUUUACCUUCCGGAACGAAGGCAGAAAUCGUGGCCCCUCAAGGUUAUCUAAUCGAGGGCGAUAGUGUCCUUGAGGGCCCCUCUGAAAACGACGUAGUUGAACUCCGUCGCCUAGAGUUACAAAACCUAUCUCUUGGAUAA